UAAGACACUUCCCAAAGGUAUAAUGAAAAUCCGGAAACACGAUUACGUCCUGAUAGAUGACGAACUAAAGUGCAGGUUGCAUAAAGUGGUAGACAUGAAAAUUAAAAUAAAAAAAAAUUAUUUAAAUUUAAUCUUCCUUGUGAAUAAAAAAUAUGGAUCUACAUAUACCUACAUAAAUAAUAAAUGGAUUAGAAGUAAAAAAAAUAAAAAUAAAUUAGACAUUGAUUUUGAAGGAGAUAUUAAAGGAACAAAUAAAGAUAUUUUUCAGCAUACGAAUUCACAAAAAUUAAGUGAAGAAAAUAUUUUAGAAUUGAAAGAAAAAAUUUCAGAAGAUCCAUACGAAGUUAUACACAAAUUAGUUCAUAAUUCUUCAACGUAUAAGGACAAAACUGUUAUAUCAAAAUUUAAAUAUGUGGAGAAAAAACUGAAGAGGCAUUUUUGUCAGUUUACUGUUUACGAGUGUAGCAUUUUCAAUUUGGUCAAUUUUUAUUACAAGUACUUUCCUGAAAAGAUUUCCUCCGUUCGGGUUGAUUAUCUGUCCAAUUUGUUGUUCCAUUUAAAUCGAGACGUCCUUCUCGCCAGGGAGGAGGACCCACAAACCGUUGAGCAGAGCGGCGAACAAACCGUUGAGCAGAGCAGCGAACAAACCGUUCAGCAAACCGCUGAUCAAACCGCUGAUCAAACCGCUGAUCAAACCGCUGAUCAAACCGCUGAUCAAACCGCUGAGCAAACCGCUGAGCAAAGCAGCGAAGGGAAGGAACGCAGGCAAAUGCCCCAUGGCGAAACGGUGAAACCGGAUGGGAAUGCCACCUCAGACCACCGCGGGGACGAUACUCUCCACUCCUUCUCCUGGAAAAAACCGAACGUAAUAAUUUAUGACGAUUCCUUUGGUUUACUGACCAGCAUGCUCAACAUAAUUUAUUCUGAUCAUGUUAAUAUUUUUUCUUUAGUUUAUAAAAAUGCGUCUAAUUCGAUUAUUCCCAGCUUUGGCAUUCCUAAAAGUACCAACGUCGCCAAGGUCAGCAUCCUGCACGCGUCACACGCGACACGACUGAACACCGGCGAGUGGCUCGCCAUCGACGGGAGCUGCCAGCUCCUUGGGAAAGCGGCACAGCAGGGGGGAGCAGGAGCAGGAGCGGCACCAAAAGAGGUUGAAGGGGUCCAACCGGUAGAGGUGGACGAAAAGGCCGAAAUGACAGAAGUGACCCAAGUGACCGAAGUGGAAUGUCGCAAGCGGAGAAUAGACCAGGUCGACCAAGUCGAUCACGCCGAUCAGGCCGGCCACCCCGAUGAAGGAGAGGGCGACCAUGUUGGGAAGCCCCCCAACACCACUCCUGACCCGACGACCGACGUAGCGAAGCACAGCGGGGAGCACUUCAUCGCAACGUCCCCCCCCAACAAGCGUGCAAAGAAUGCCCACGCAGAGGCGGACACCCCAAUCGCGACAGACAAACACUCACAGCUACAACAUAUGCUGAUAAACCACAUGAACAGCAUAGGAGCGGAAGCAUUCGUCGUAAUCAUAUCGAGCGACUUCAUUUACAACACUAACACAGAUGUGUGUCUCCUCAUCGACACACUCAUUAAGGUCUCUCUGAAAUUCCUGAAAAAUGACAGCAAGCUAAUUAUUCACACAGAUGACUUAAAUAUUUGCACCCUAUUUCUAAAGGGCCUAAUGGGUACCAAUUCGUUCAUAAACAUAAAGCUCAACGAAUUUGUGUUACGAGAGCAGCAGGUUGUGAAGCGGCGAACGCAUCCAGUCAUAAAAAAUGCAAAGCUAGCCGAUGGAUUUUUGUUAACUGCGCUCAAGGUCGAGGGAGCAGCCUAG